AUGGGCUGGGUCUCAAAUGUUUGUCAUUUGCUGUUCAAUUGCUCUUCUUCUUCCACACCCCCUUUGUCCUCUCUGUCGGAUUUUGUUCCAUCUGUGUUGCCCUCGAUGGAUGUUGCUUUUAUCCCUAAUUUUGGAAGUCGGUCCACCGAAAUUACAGAAGUGGUUGAUUGUUAUGGAUUAACUCCACCGUUGAUUCUUGGUAAGGGUGGACGAAUGGCAGCUAUAAACUUGGAGUCAAGAGCAGCUUUACUUGCAGCAGAACAGGUGAUGCAUCGCGAAAUCUUGGUGUUAAUUAGGAGCAUAAUGGUGUUACUUGGUCCUAUGCUAUGGGGAACAUUACUAGCAGACAUUGUUAUUCAAAUGCUUGGAACUGAUUAUGCAAGAAUCUUGCGUGCAAUUUAUGCGUUUCCACAGGUCGCUGGUGAUGGUCUAUCGGUGAAUAUCCCCAGAAUGUCAAAGAAUCAACUCUAUGAUAUCAUGUCCCAGAUGAAGAACCAAGAUCAAGCGAGACAAAUCUUGAUUCAAAACCCUUUACUCACUAAAGCUCUCUUGCAGACCUAUUCCUGGUUUCUAAUUCUCCUUCAACAAAUCAACGUUUACGGUUCCAUACCAAAUCCACAGGUCAUUGUAUCUUGGAACGGACUUGUAGUUUCAUCAUAUGCUAGAGCAUCCAAGAUCCUCAUGAACGAACCUGAUGUAACAAAAUUCAAUUUUCAUGUUGCUGGAAUUGAUGAUGAGGUGUUCCCUAACAAAACUAGAGGUGGUUAUUUUAACACCACAGGAGAAUAUGAGAAUGAUACUUUGCUGCUCAACUCAACCUAUCUGUCAACUUGUGCAAUAUAUUUGGGCUCCAGACAUGACAUGUUGCUUGAGAAGCUUAUAUAUGAUGUAUGCAACUACUACCCCACCCUUGCAGAAAGUUUAAAGGCUUUCGCAAGAUCUGAAGAGUGUUAUAUAGCCUUUAUCCUAUGUUAUCUUGUUUGUAAGAAAGCGUGCUCAGGCUUUGGGUUCAGGGAGGAGGUUGUAUAUUUACAUUCCGAUGGCGAGGAUAACGACGAUGAUGAAACCGGAUCCGACAGUGAAUUAAUCUCCGCUCAAAACAAUUUCGGCUUCAUCACCGCUUCUCAAUCUCAAAGCAGUUCCAUUGAUCCCUGGCCUCAAACUUAUAGGUUCUCAUCAUUCAUUUCGAGCAUUGACCAUUGA